AUGAGAGAUACAGGUACAUAUCUCUCUGGAAUGACGUUUUCUUUAGGGUGGUGGUUUUUUAUUGAUUCGGUGCUUUAUAGCAAUAUUGUAAAUACAGAAAAAAUCCAUAUAAGUUUAGUUGAUUGGAUUCCUUGUAUUUUAUCAACAGUAGGGAUGCUUAUGAUUAACUCAAUAGAUAAGGACAGACUGAUUUCAAACUCCUUUACAUAUACUAGAUAUAACGUAGUAUGGAAAGCAAGGUUAUUAUUAUUUCUUGGAUUUUCGCUUUUAGCAAGUGGUGUUGCAGGAUCUUUUACGGUACUUAUCAUUAAAUACCUUUUACACAAUUAUCCCUAUCAAAUAUUUUGUCUUGGAAUUGAAAAUGCAAUUGCAAAUUCUUUAAUCGCAUUGAGUACAAUUAUUCUUUGGGCAGCAAUAAAUCAUGAAAACAGUCAAUAUCAUUAUAAUCUUACACUAAACUAA